AUGCAAAUAUACCUAACACAACACAACACAACACAGGAGCUUUUCACCCGCAUUGGGCCAGUCUAUUCCGUCGCCCUUCUCUAUGACAGAGCCGGGCGCUCCGAAGGCACCGCAUUCGUAACUUACAAACGACUCUCCGACGCUGAAACCGCCAUCCAUGAAUUCGACGGCGCAAACGCCAAGGGCCAACCAAUUCGUCUCACCCUCGUCCCCAGCGCUGCCCCCCGACGCCGUAACCCAUUCGACUCCGCCGAGAUGCCAAAGGGAAGCCUGUUCGAUCGUGCCGAGCGGCCGCGGGGAAGAGACAGUCGUAGUCUUAGCCCGGAUGCUGCUGAGGCUAGCGGUGGUCGAAGAGGUAGACGGAACAAUACCAACCUUGCCCCGCCAGAAAACAUCGACCGGUACGUUCCUGGUCAGCGAUCGCCGAUACGGAAACAUGAUUCGGGUAGAAACAGGGGUCGCCGGGGUGGUGGUGGUGGUGGCAGAGACAGCAGGGAAGCAACUGGUAGUCGGAAUCGUGGAUCGGGGAGAACGAAGAAGACGCAGGAAGAGCUUGACCAGGAAAUGGAGGAUUACUGGGGGAAAGCCAACGCUGAUACUGCUGGCGGUGCUAGCAAUAAUGCCGCUGAAAACCAGCCCGCCGCUGCUCAAGCUGCCGCUCAGCCUGCCCCUGCGGCGGGCGGUGAGGAAGACAUUGACAUGAUUGAGUGA